AUGACUAAACAACUGGUGAGUCAGUCCACCCUCUAGUUUCACUUGUUAGAGUAGUUAUACUGUUAAAAUGUCUCGGUAUUACUGCGGUUACAAUCCGCCACCUCCCAACUUCAGUAACUUCCUUCCGGGUAAAUUUAAAGAUCGACUGCAGCGCCUUCCCAACUUUGGACAAAUGCGAAAGUCUUGGGAAACCCACAAGAGACCCACACUGGUAAUGCUCCAUGUAUUUGCCGAUGACUUUGGAGCUCUGGAAAAAUGGGUAGAGAUAGCCUACAGACUUGCUGCCCCUGAAACUCUCAGCGUGAAAAUGGACGUUUACGUCGAUGAUAUGUGGCAGUCGUAUAUCUUUAAUGAGGACGACUUUAGCUUUUUCCGGGACGACGAUGCCUUCACCCUGGAUUCAUUUCCGCUGAUCUACGCCGUAAGUGCGACUGGUGAAGUGUUCUUCUUUGGCAAUUUUUCUGGACCGAAAUUGCCCGAUCUGGAUAGCCUAAAGGAUUUCUGUGAACAGGUAAUAAACGGGAAUGUAAAGGAACCCACCUCCAAGGACCCAAAGGUGGAGGUCAUAAACUUGGCCAGCUGGAACGAGCUUGUGUACGCAUCUGAUAAAGAUCUAGUCAUUUGUUUAUACAACUCCCUGCAGAAUGGCACGGAGAUUAAUAAUAGCCUAAUGAUUAAUCUGGAUAGGCUAGGCGAAAGACUGAAACAGGAGUCAGUACGACUGUACAAAAUGGAUAUACAUGAUGUUAGUGUCCCAAAAAAGUUCAAUGUAGAAUCUGCACCCGCCUUCUUCAUCCUGCAAGAAGCUCAAAAACAUAACCCUAUUCGAUGUAAAUAUGAGCUGGGCACAUGGACGAUGCUGAGAUUUGUGGCCGAAAAUUCCAGCAAGGAGCUUAAAUACUACAGCCGUCAAGGACAUCUAAGACUCCACGCCAAUUUGCUUACCCAUAUAAGGGACUUCUUCGAUUUAAGCCACAAAAAUGAGGUAUUCUCAUGUGAAGGAAUCCCGAAAAAUAAUUUUGCAAAUUGUACUUAAGCAAAUGCAAGGAUUUUUUUGUCACACGGAAUACAUUGUCAUUAAAUACAAAUCAAAAAUUGUAAAAUGUGCAAAAUUUCGAGACGCACAAGUGCUCUUAUUGUUCUCGGUGUUGUGGCAUUGGCUAUCCCUCUGUUCAAUAUCCUCUUUCAAGAUUAUUCAGUGCCGCGUCAAAUUUAUAAAUAUGUCGUAACAUUUGGCAUUUUAUUUUUGUGGGUGAUUCUUCUGAUACCAACCAUGUAUUUCAUCUAUAUGAAAAAGGUUAGUUUUUAUAUAUUACUUGUUGAGUAUUAAUUUUACCUUAAAUACGCAGCGAUUUAUAAAAUUUUUGGUGCCAUAUGCUUUUAUAUGGUUAGUUCUUAGUUCCUUAAUAUUAAUUUAUUUCAUACUAAAUGUAUGGGGUAUUUUGGAUUACGUCAGCUUUACCCUAACGGCAAGAUAUGCCUGCGGUUUAAUGGUGGGUAAGUUAGAAAUAAUGCUCACCUGAGAUUAUUAAAUAAUAGUUGUUAUUAAUUUAGCAGGUGUUUUUUUAGGGUUUUUGACUCCAGUUUCUUUUUAUUGUUAUUACAAAAGAAAAAUGUUAGCUGGGGAUGAAUGAUUUCUCCAACAGGAAGGAAGUGUCAAAUUUAAAGUACAAAAAUUUUAAAUUGGGACUCAAGAGAACAGAAAAUAAAAGGUUUAAAACGUGGUAACAAACCUGUUCCAAAUGAAAAUUAAAAAAUUAACAUUUAUAUGUAUGUAUAAAGCUCAUUAAACGUUACGAACUAUGAUAUGAUAUGAUGAUUAUAAAUUUUAUAUUGAACGUCUAUUACUUGGCGCCCUAAGUACUACCGAUAAGUGCAGGGAUGAUUUGGUCGCUAAUGAAUACUUGGAACAUGGUCACCUAGCCUACGCAUCUCUAACAUUAAGAACAGCUGAUUUGACGGCCAGAACGGCGGCCCAAAGAUGACCGUCCGCAAUUAGGUCGCUAAUGAAAUUAGGAUGUUGGUUUUACAAAAGAAGACUGACAUAGACA